CACCAAAUCAUUUGCCUACACUCGUAUUGCUAGCGCUCGACACAGGAGCAACGUUCACGAGGUAACGCCUUUUAUCGUUAUGAAGCUUAUCAAUCUAUUAUUCACGUCUGCUAUCGUACACCAUGGGUGUACAGCGUUCCAAACUCUUCCACCUAUCGGUAUGCGGCCUUUUCAUUCUCUUGACGCUCCUUCCGAAGCUGUCGGCGUCAUGUUCGCCAGUAGAAAGUCCAACAAUAGAAAACAAUCGGCGUCUACUACUAAAGGGUUUGGCGUACCUCCACCGACAGCAGAAGAUGUGGCGGUCAAAUUUCCGUCUCGGGUACCCGAUAACGCUGAGGGCGAGGACUGUCCCUGCCUUAGCCACAAACAGUAUGGCAACUGCUGCGCCCUACAUCAUCAUGGCCAAAAGCGUACCGAAGAGCCAAUCGAUGUGCUACGGUCGCGGUAUUCUGCAUUCUGCUAUAGAAUUCCUCUAUACAUCAUGGCGACAACACACCCGACGUGCAGAGAUUACAAUGAAAACCGCUUGGAAUGGGUAAAAUGCUUGAAUCGCGACGGCAUGUUCGAUUCUUAUGAUUUUGUUAAGCUGGAGAUCGGUGACCAAGAAAGUGGAGAUAAUGCAGACGAAGCUUAUCUAGAUUUCAAAGUGACACUCCGGGCAAAGGCUGAAACCUCUCAAUGCGCCCCGGGACAGGAACUGACCGUCCUCGAGAAAUCUCGUUUUCUCCGAGACGGAGAUCCGCUCCAGUGGAGAUAUGCAGGUGGAGACGUCCGAACAGAUGUAAUAGGAAUCGAAAGCGUGGUACUAAACGCUUAAGUUUGAAGCGGUCUUCGUACAAAUUGAACCUCCAUCCAAUUUACAAGCCAGAUAAUAUUAAAAAUAGAAACCCAGGACCAUUGUUG